AUGGGAGGUGGCCCCAGAGUUCGCUAUCCGAAGCACGUCUGGUCACCAGCUGGUGGCUGGUACUCUCAACCCGCAAACUGGAAAACCAAUACCGCGAUAGUCGCUGCUGUUAUAUUCGGUACUGCUGCCAUGGCCUUUAGCGUCUCCGCAGACAGAGAAUUCCGUACGAAAUUUCCUGAACAGGGCAGAUUCUUCCCAAGUCGAUGGUGGAGCAAACAAAUCUGUGAACAUGAAAAGAAGUUGGCAGAGGCAAGCAAAUCAUGA